AUGCCUGACUCCGAGAUUGAAUUCUUCCCUCAAGAGUCCAUUGAAGAGUUCUUCGGAGGCCAUAUCAGCUUUACUCAAGGAUGUACUGGAACCUGGGCCCUUGGACAGAAACUCAAUGAAAGACACGACCAAUCCACCAAAGAGGAGUUCGAAGCAUAUGGUGCUCCCUCUGCUGCGUAUGGAACAUUUGAAUGCUUCAAUGUCGACGGCCCAGGAGAAAUAGCCAUCAUGAAAAUUUCCAUGCAGAUCCCUUACGCAGGACCGACCUUUCAGUCUGCCCGGACAAGAGCACGACAGACCUCCAACCAGCUCACUAGUUAUACUCGAUCAGAGCUGAAGCGUGCCAAAAGCUGA